AUGCUCUCACCCACCGAGUUUCUCUCCCUCUUGCUGCUCUUGCCUACGCUCGCCUCAGCCCAGGCUGGCUUUGUCGCGUUCAAAGAAAAGACCUGCAGCGAGCGUCUUGACAUUUGGGCCGACGGGCAGCUGAUCGACGGCGGUAAGCUUAUUAUAGACCACGCUCUGAGAGAGAGGGGGGAUUUCAACGGCGGCCAUAACUACGACAAUAUAACAUUCCCCGGCGCGCAAGCUACCGGGGACUGGGAAAAGGACACAGGGACUCAGUUUGUCUAUUGGAAAGUGCAGCAGCCAGACCCGACAUGUCAGUUUAUACUGUUGAGGAACACUCAGCGAGGAUGGGAAUCUCUUAGCCAACUACCCGGAGACGAGUUAUUGAGGGUGUCUGAUGAGGGUUGCUACUACACGGCUGUCAAUCCCAACAUCGACUUGAUCACCAGCUUCUGCUGCGGCCGUGAUGAUUGCUCUAUUGCGGAGAUCGAAGUCCAAUAUCCGUCUCCCGAGGAUACCCCUAACGACAAGGCCCCGAGCUGUACAGUCAAGUCUUACGAUGCCACACCUACGGUAGAAGACGGUGUGCAGAUAGCUGUUACUAGGCCGCAGACCUGCGAGGCUCCCCCGGCUUGCACGCACUCGAUAACACAGAGCAAGAUGGUCGGCACGGCCGUGUCGCAUUUCCAGUCGUUUUCGUGGACGACCGAGGAAGGGGUUGACGUCAAAAUCGACGCUGGCAUCGAAUUUAUCGUAGAAUCCAAGUUUUCCGCGGGCAUCAACUUCAACAUCGCGCAGAGCUGGAUGGACGAGACCGGCACGACCCUGACGGAAACCAACAUCACGGCGUCGUCGGAGGGGGAAAGGCAGCAGGUGGGAACCGUGGCGUUCUACGCCUUCACGCCGCAGUACGACUGCUGGAAAGGCGAGGUUAGCUGCGGCAAGGACCAAGCCGGGAACGAGGUGGUGAUCAGGGAUGUUAACUUUUGCCAGCCUCGAAUCUCCAGCACGGGUGAUUCGGCUGGGCUUUUCAGGAUGGUGUAUAUUUCGGGAUGA